CAUCUCGGUACACUACUCUUCAAACUGCACGGCUCGUAUCGGAGCUGGAUUGAAAAACAGACGCCCAGCAUGAGUGCUGCUGGCAGCAACCUCGUGCAAAGGGCCCUAGAAUGGCGACCUUUCUCUUCUGACGUCCGGGUUUCCGCUCUUGCACAAGACUGCAUCAGCUCUAUACGCUGUGUCUCCGGCCUUGCCAUUCUCGGUCUCAUCUUCACACUCUUCACUGGCUACAUCGUCUACCAGCUACAUUUCCAUCCACUCGCCAAAUACCCUGGACCCUUCCUCGGGAAAAUCACGCAAGCCUACGAUGUCUACCAUGCUUACAUCGGAGACAAGCACAUCUUGUUCUACCACCUGCACGCCAAAUAUGGUCCUGUGGUCCGCUUUGCGCCCAACUCCCUCAGCAUCAAUGACCCGGCCGCACUGAAAGCCAUCUACUCGCAUGGGGCGAAUGUGCAGAAAGCUGAGUUCUACAAAUGUUUUCGUGCUGCGCCGCAGGCUAUCAGUACGCUUCUGGCCACCGAGAAGGCGCACCAUGCGAGGAAGCGCAGAGUCAUGGGGCAGGCUUUUUCCGAUGGCGCCAUGAAGGGCAUGGAGCAGUACGUCUUGGGGCAUGUGGAGGACUUGGUCAAUCGUGUUGGAGAAGUUGUAGAGAAAGAAAAUGCUGGAGAGGGUGAGAAGAAUGGCAAAGGCGACUGGAGCAAACCACUCGAUAUGGCCGCCUGGUGCAACUGGCUCGUAUUCGACAUAAUGGGCGAUCUGGUUUUUGGAAAGUCGUUUGGAACCCUUGGAGAGCGAGUGGAGAAUCGUAGAGGAAUUUUCUUACUCGGCCGCGCGGCUCGUCGUAACUACGUCGUGGCUGCUAUGCCUGCUCUGCUCUACACUGGUUUGGAGAAAGUCCUACCAAUUCUUCGAGGACUGUAUCUUGAUCGGUGCCAAUAUCUUGCGUUCGGCAAGAAACAAGUCAUGGACGUCAUGGAACGACAGAAACGCGGCGAAGGCAAAGGCCGCAAAGACAUUUUCUCCUUUCUACUUACUGCGAAGGACCCUGAAACGGGCGAAGGAAUGCCCAUGCCUGAACUGUGGAUGGAAGGGAAUACAUUGAUUGUUGCGGGGAGUGAUACUACUUCGACGACGUUGUCUGCGACCUUGUAUUAUCUGUUGCAUAACACACAUGCGUUGCGGAAGUUGGAAGCGGAAAUCCUGGCUACUUUCGACGACAGGGACGAGAUUCGAAUGGGUGCCAAGAUGCAGAGUUGUGCAUAUCUGAGAGCGGUCAUUGACGAGACAAUGAGAAUGACCCCUGCUGUCGGAGGCGCACUUCCACGAGAGGUCUUGACUGGAGGCUUGAAAAUCGAGCAGAUGGGCCUGGAAUUUCCCGCCGGCAUCGACGUCGCCGUUCCCAUCUACGCGAUCCACCAUCACGCAGACUUUGUCGUACGGCCUUUCGUCUUCGAUCCAGAACGAUGGCUCCCCGCAGCCACAGGCGCUGAACCUCAUCCGCAGAACCGCGACGCUCUCAACUCGGUCUUCAACCCUUUCUCCAUUGGUCAUCGAGCUUGUUUGGGAAAACCGCUGGUCUAUAUGGAAUUGUGUAUUGCUGUUGCGAGAAUGGUUUUUGAGUUCGAGAUGAGAUUGUCGUCGGAACAGCAUGUUUCUGGAUUUAUUGAGAGGGAGAUUCAGUCCGGGAAGAGGCAGAGGUUUGAGUAUCAGUUGCAGGAUUGGUUUAUGAGUCGGAAUGAGGGGCCUUGGGUGGAGUUUAGAAGGAGGGAGAUGAGGUGAUGUUAGUAUUUGAGCUAGAC